AUGCUUCUCAUUGCAUUCUUCUGGAUUCUUGUUUCCAGGGCUCCAAUAGGCCAAGGUUAUGGUCUCACUGAAACUUGUGCUGGUGGGACGUUUUCUGAACAUGAUGAUACAUCUGUUGGUCGUGUUGGUGCUCCACUACCCUGCUCAUAUAUUAAGUUGAUAGAUUGGCCUGAGGGUGGAUAUCUAACAAGUGACUCUCCAAUGCCUCGAGGAGAAAUAAUUAUUGGUGGGCCGAAUGUCACGGUUGGAUAUUUCAAAAACGAAGAGAAAACAAAGGAAGUGUACAAGGUUGAUGAGAAAGGGAUGAGGUGGUUCUACACGGGUGACAUAGGGCGGUUUCAUGCAGAUGGUUGCCUUGAGAUAAUUGACCGGAAAAAGGACAUAGUUAAAUUACAGCAUGGAGAAUAUGUCUCUCUAGGAAAGGUUGAGGCGGCUCUCAGUGUCAGCCCGUAUGUUGACAAUAUUAUGCUGUAUGCUGAUCCUUUUCAUAGUUAUGUUGUGGCUCUUGUGGUAGCUUCACAGCCCAUGGUGGAAGAUUGGGCUUCGAAGCAAGAAAUUAAAUAUGCUGAUUUGUCAGACUUAUGUCUAAAAGAAGAAACCUUGAAGGAAGUUCAUGGUUCACUCGUAAAGGCAGCAAAGGAUGCACGCCUGGAGAAGUUUGAGACCCCUGCAAAGAUCAAACUGCAUUCUGAACCGUGGACUCCUGAAUCUGGCCUUGUCACUUCAGCUCUCAAGAUCAAGAGAGAGGCUAUAAGGAAGGCAUUUUCUGAGGACCUUGCUAAACUAUACAGAUCAUGAUUAUCGAGAAAAUACAGCCUUUUUGGAGAUUGUGCAGAAUUUUGAUUAAUGGACAACCUGUGUAAGCAGCUACUCUUCAUUUUUCAUACAAUUUUGUCACAAUUUUUUCCCUUUCUUUUAUUUCCUCUGGUUUUGUAUUAUUUUCAAUUGUAUUUAAUUUUCGUUAUGUUCAUGUGAGAAUUUAUAAUGAUAAUAAAAAACAGCAAGUUGCUUGUUGCUUUUGUGUUCUCAAAUUCUGGAAACAAU